CCCACCUUCGUAUAUAACGGAGUAUAACGGAUGGUCCCGAAUCAGCUGACACUGGAGCACGUGACACUGAGUAACGCCGUGUACCAAAGCAGAGAUCUCUGUUCCUGUCUGCGAUAUCUCCAGUUAUAAAGUUCACCAUGGCUCGGUUCGGACUCCUCUGCACCUUACUGCUGUUUGGAACAGCAUAUGGACUUCUGGGUGAGCGACGUUGUAGCUGGGGCCCUGGUUACUGGUGCAAGGGUAUCGACACUGCCAAAGAGUGUGGGGCAAUUGACCACUGUGCACAGGCUGUAUGGAGCAAGCAAGAGGUCAAGAGCGAUGCUGUCUGCGACACCUGUGAAGAAGUUGUUGGGUUGGCCAGAUUGGUCGUGAGCCUAAAUGCCACAGAGGAAGAGAUUCUUGAAGUGCUGGAGAAUGCCUGUACUGUCCUGCCAGAUGCAUUGAAGGAUACGUGCAAGACCCUGGUGGAGACAUACGGCCCUGAAGUCAUACAACUCCUGAAGUCUGAACUAGACCCUAAAGCAGUAUGCCAAGCUCUGAAACUGUGCCAAGAAGGCAAGGCCCUGCCCAAAAAACCUGCUCAAGAUAAGUUCAUAGAUCUUUGUCCAGAGUGUGAACUUGUUGUGGGCAAGGCCAAAGAUCUGGUGGACAAGAACUCAACAGAGCCAGAGGUUAUUGACUUCUUGAAAGUGCAUCUGUGCGAACAGUUGGGUGCCCUUGCAGCUGCUUGCAACACUACUAUGGACACUUAUGGGCCUAUCGUGUACAAGCUGCUGGAGCAGAAAAUUGAUCCUGACAAGAUCUGUAAGGCCAUCGGCCUGUGUAAGAAUGCUACCAUUGCCUUGGUGCAGAAGCCAAUCAAGCCAGUCAAACAGCAGCCAAAUGACUUGUGUGAUGACUGCAAACUGGUCAUGACAGAGGUUCAGGCCUUGAUCAAAAACAACAAGAGUGAGGCAGAGGUGAUAGAUUAUCUGAAGGUACAUCUGUGUGAAAAGCUUGGUGGUCUGGCUGCAGAGUGCAACAGUACCAUGGACACAUUUGGACCAGUCAUUUUCCAGUUGCUAGAGUCAAAGUUGGAUCCUGAUGCCGUAUGCAAAGCCAUAAAGCUGUGUCCUACAUCUGACUUCAUCGCAAAGCUGCAAGAGAUGCAGAAGGGACCAAACAGCAUUUGUGAUGACUGUGAGGAAGUCAUGCAGAAGGCCCAGGACUAUAUUUCAGACAACGCCACACAGGCAGAGCUUAUCAAACUUCUGAAGGAUGACUUCUGCACCCUUCUUGGUGGUUUGGAGGCAGAGUGUGACAGCCUGAUGGACCAGUAUGGACCAAUCAUCUUCAACCUCUUGGAGCAGGAACUGGACCCAGAGAAGGUGUGCCAGGCUGUUGGCUUCUGCCCCUCCCUGAAGGCGCUGAGUAUGGCUAAGCUGAAGCCUGCCAAGAAGGUGGUCCAAACAGAGAAGGUGGGACAGUCUGUGGGAUGUAUCAUCUGUGAGUUUGUCAUGCAGAUUGUGGAUGAAGAACUGAGUGCUAACUCCACUGAGAAAGAGAUCACUGAUGCACUGGACAAGGUAUGCAGCCACUUCCCCGACACCAUUCGUGAUGAGUGCACAGACUUUGUGAACGAGUAUGGCCCUGCUGUCGUCCAGCUUCUGAAGCUGGAGCUAGACCCUCAGCGCAUCUGUUCCACCAUCGGCCUGUGCGACAACUCCAACUCUUUCAGGCUUCUGAAGGGUAUGGGAUCAGAGCUGUGCCCUGUGUGUAAGAUCCUGGUACAGUAUGCAGACAGUUUGCUGCUGGAGAACUCCACAAAGGCAGACAUCAAGGCAGUGGUGGACAAGAUCUGCAACUUCCUGCCUUCAAGCAUCAAGACAGAGUGUCAUACUGUGGUAGAGCAGUAUGGUGAUGCCAUCGCAGAGCUCAUGGAGCAGGCUCUGGACCCAGACUUUGUCUGCACGAAGGUUGGAGCGUGUGACAGCGAGGACAGCCUGUGCAGCCUGGGGCCUGGCUACUGGUGCAGUGGGAUGGAGCAAGCCAAGGCCUGUAAUGCUGUGGAACAUUGCAAGACCCACUGGUGGAACUAACCAUCAGACCUCCUGUGCUGGUGACAGAAAUCCAGCCACAACCUAAUCAUCAAUGCAAUGCUUGCUCAUAUUAAUAUUUCUGCAUCUGUCAAUACAAUCUAGUGAAGCUCCAGGAGUAUCUUGUGUUUCAUAUAAUAUUGUAAAAGAACUGUCAAUGACAAAUAAAAAAUUAAAAGUUGUUAUAGAAUUAUAUAUGAAAAUGUACCAGAAACCCAUGGAAAUGCAGAAUAAGCCAGACUAGAACAGCCCUCUUGACAACUUAAAGAUCAAACACUUCACAUCACCACUUCUCUUGCCACUUCUAGUUUUUUCCAGGUUGUCUGCUUUUAACUGAUUUAUGAAUUAUAGUAGUAGCAGAUAUAGACAAUCAGCUAGCUUAACAAUAUACAUAGAUGUAAAAGUCAUUCAUCUGUAAUAGUGAAGGAAUACUAAUAUAAGAUGUAUGUGGAGUGUUGUAGAUUUUUUUGGCUAUAAAUAGUAUAAUGCCAUCUGGAUAUAUUGCUUAUGGAUAUAGUCUUGUUUGUGAUUGCAGUGUUAAGAGAACUCCUUAAAUUUGUACCACUCAAGAUCUGAAUUAUCAGAAUUAUGUUGUAAUACUGUAUCUGCAGUUUGGAUCUGUCAACAAAUAUAGAGCUCCUGGUAAAGAAAUCUUAAGGUUGCAACUUUUCAUUUCACUGCUCCAAAGAUGUAAAUGUUUGUAUCCUGACUUUUGGAAUGAAUAAACCAGGAAGACCUUC